CAGCAACACCAGGAGGAGCGCAGCACAGACCCACAGAGGCAUGAAGGAAGUGGGCUGUUGAACGCAGUCUGCAAGCGACAUCACAGCACUGAAAGCCAUUUUCAUUGCACCACCGUUUCUUCGGCUGCUAGGUUCUGUCUCAACUGUCUCUUGAGACACAGAAAGCCUGAACACUCAUUAACAGUGAUGCAGGUGGUCUAGUCUUGUGCUCCACAUGAAACAACCAUAACAAAAUGGAAAGCGGCUCUUCGGAGGCAGGGUGGCGUGAUCUGUCCUGUGACAGAUGGACAGAGAUUCAUGUGAGCGCCUGGUUGAGAUUCAUUGGAAUGAAAGACAAGUACGUUACAAAACUGGAAGAGGAGGAGGUGACAGGGCCAGUUCUCACAACUCUACAGAGCGAAUACCUCAGCACCACAAUUGGAAUGAGAAGUGGCCAAAUUGAACACCUACUGAAGAAAAGAGAUGAGCUUUUACUGUCAGAACAGAAGAAACAGAAAAAAGGAAGUGAUUUAAGUAGUGAAGGUGGAGGUGACAUGAGAGAAAAGGUGUUACAUCUAGGACAGGAACCGAACCCCCCUUCACAACAACCUGCUGACCCAGCAGAAAGGGAGGAUAUUCCUGUGGAGUGCAAUGACAGCUCAGCGUCUGCAGGAGCACCUUUAUCUUUCUGUGACUAUCAGAACUUUGACCAGCCUGAAACAAACUGCAGAUAUGUCAAACACAAUGUGCUACUUCCAGAGACAGGAAUUGAAAACAUGAUGAUUCCAUGUCAUGAAUACAAGUCUCUAGAGACCGCGCACAAACUCGACUCAAAAAAGCUACAAUCAAAAGUAGGAAGUGAGGUGUUAAGAUUUGCGUGUGCAUGCAUGAACAUGCGAACCAAUGGGACGAUCCAUUUUGGGAUUAUGGAUAAAAUUAAAGGCAAACAUAAGCAUGGUGAAAUAAUAGGAGUGCCUGUCGGGAGUCUACAUGAUUAUGUUGACGCACUAGACUACAUUGAAAGAUGCUUCAAAGAUUCAAAUCAACAAUGCGAUGCCAGGAAGUGCAUAAGGAACCCCCGAUUCGUUGAGGUCUUUGACAAGGAAGCUACAGAGAAAACAUGGGUCAUUGAAUAUGAUGUCGUCCCAAAAGCAAGCAUUGUGAAAGGCAAGCUUUACUCUGUCGGUGUCCCGAAAUUCUCUGAGAAGGCCAACAAAGUCAUCUAUGAAAAGAAAGUUGCUUAUUACAGAGUAGGAGCUAACACACCACAAAUCACUGAUGACAACCUCGUUCAUUUCAUUCAACAACUGAGCGAGAAAGACCAACAGAGAGAAGAGGCAGAAUGUUCACGCAGUCAAACAACUGUUGAGUGUGUAGAGGAUCAAAGCAGGAAACUUUCCAUCCUCUUAACAUGCGGGAAAACACACAUGGACAACUCUCUGUUCUACAUCAUAGUGACCAACAAAUUUCAGCCCGAGCAUCUCGGCAGCAUAAGCUUCCUUUUUCACAUGAAUCUAUUCUGUGUGUUUGAUUUUGACCCUGAUUCAAAAACGUCUGGUCUUUGUGGUAAAUAUAAGGAGCAGAAGGUUGUAACCCUCCACUUUCUUGAAAACUAUGCAAAUAAUGAUGGGCUGAAAACUGCCGAAUUCGUUAACAAUUUGCAGCUGUUUGAGAGAACAAGCUGGAUCUUCUGCAACGGGAGAAAAGACUUCCCUGGUGGCGAGGAAACCUGUGAUGAAAAAACCUGGAUCAAAACGAGAAAGAAGAAACUGAAAAAGGCAGUGUCCGUCAUCUGCAAUGACAUCCUUCCCAGGAGUUCAUUUGUAGUCCUCUUCCUGCUCAUGUCUGACGUUGAGCAGCCACUUGUUGAUACGUUUCAUGAAUUCUAUGCAGAGAUGAAUGGACUUGAUUUUUUGGCAGUCAUAUCAGAGUCAAAGGAAAACUACAAAAAGUGGUCAAGUCUUGCCAAGGCGUCUUGUGACACGUCUUCACUCAAAGACAUCAGCAUUGUUGAAAUGCCACUGACUCACGUGGAUGCCACUGUCCAAAGCAUUCAGCUCUCGAAGAAUCAACCCACGAGAACACUGCCAGUCUUAAAUGGAGGAGUGUGCUUCCUAAAGUCCGUUGAAGAGGCCAUGCUGGAUUCUUUGGAAGUCAUCAGUGUUGACCAGUGUGAUGAUACAAAGCUGGAGGUCAUGAGUGAGGACGAAAUCCAACAAAUUGAGAGCUACUUCUAUCGAGGUGGAAAGAUAGACUGGAUCAAUUUCUGGCUCGCUGACAAACACAGAUGUGGAAAUAUCAUACAGAGGGAUGCCUUUAACGAAGCAAGCACAAUCCUGGACAAGAUGGCACAUCUUACCAAAGCCAUACGUCCCAUUGAGAGCGUGAACAUAUACCAUCAUCCUGGCAGUGGUGGAAGCACAGUGGCACGACAGAUCCUGUGGAGUUGGAGAAAAAAAGUACGAUGUGCAGUUGUUAAGCAGUGUAAGGAAAUCACAACUGUGUGUGAGCAUGCAGUGAGACUGAGAGAACAUGACGAGAAAGACAAAAACAACUGUCUGCCAGUGCUCUUGCUCUUGGAGGACCGCAAUGCAGAUUACAUAUAUGAUCUCAGACGGGAGCUUGGAAAUGUCAUUGCGAUCAAAAAAAUAAGUCCCUCUGUGUUGUGCUUUAUCCUCCUCAUCUGCAACAGGUCGAAUGAUCCGGGAAGAAUGUGCAAAGCAUCACCUUCUCAAACAGUAGCAGUCACACAUAAGCUUUCAAGUGUAGAGAAGCAGUUGUUCUCAAAAAAGCACGAGCAACUCAAGCUGCAGUUUGAACCAGACUUCAUCCUCACGUUUGUGCUGCUGAGUGAAGGGUUCGAGCCGAGUUACAUUGAAAAUUUUGUGAAAAACCUCCUGGAUAAGAUUGAUCAUUCGUCACCUACCACUCGCCUCAUCAGAUUUGUGGCUCUCUUGAACAGCUAUGUUGGAGAUUCAUACCUGUCAGUAUCACACUGCGAGGCCUCUCUUGGCAUGGCCACCCAUGUGGACAGAGCUCGGUACCAUGCAUUUGUGGAUCACCUCAGUGAGGAAGCUAGGCUUAUUUUCAUCCACCUCAAAGAGGGUUCGACACAUAUCUCAUCAAUACGGAUUAUUCACACGCUGGUGGCAAAGGAAAUUCUGAGUCAGCUGUCCGCAAAUUUGCCUCAGAGUGAUAUUGCCAUGGAUCUCAUCAAUGACAAAGUACUCAUCAGUCAUAGGUUUGGCAGAGAUGAGUUCCUGAAGUUCAUCAGAGCUCUUUUCAUCAGACGCAACAAGAAGAGCAGAGGAGACCCUGUAGACACAACUUUUUCACCCCUUAUUGAGCAUGUCAGCACCGAAGGAGGCGGUGUUCAGAAGGCUGUUGAUCUCAUGAAAGCUGCCCACAUAGCUUUGGGAAAAGAUCCGUACGUGGCGCAACAGCUUGCCCGGCUGCUUUACACAAAUUUGAGAUUUGAAGAAGCCCUAGAAUGGGCAGAGGAAGCAAAAUCUCUUCUUCCAUAUGAUACAUUUGUCCUUGACACCCUUGGACAAGUUUACAAGUGGUGGUUUUACCACUUGUAUGACACCCUUGAGGAGAAAGAACCAUCCCCUGAAAGGGCAGUUGAAAUCAUAAGCACUGCACUCAAAGGAAUUUCUGCCUUUCGGGCCUCAGAGAAAACACCAAAGAAAGAGACCGUCAGCCUCAACAGUUCAUACCAGGGGGAAGUAGAUGUUGGCUGCAGGCUGCUGAAAUUUCUGUCAGGAGUAGAUGUUUUUUUAAACAGUACUGGCAAAUCAGAGUUGAUGCAGUACUUGUUAACAGACUACAUCCCAGCAGAGGUCAAACAGCCCUGGCAGAGGUUUCAUCAGCAGUUGAAAGGAUUACAGAGGAGCUUGGGCCACGCGCUUGAGUGCAUUUCUGAAGACCUCAGCUACUUUCAAACUGACAUCAGCGAAGAGGUCGAAGAGCUUGAUGCAAGAGAUCCAGAACAAGUAUACAAUCCUAGAGAAUGGCUGACAAGGAAGAGUGCUGUAUAUGCUGGAUUUUUUUGCGAUACAUCAGAUGAGAGUGACCAAGGAGAAGAAAGCAACAGUGCUGACAUCAGUUCACCUGAGAAGCUUUCUGCAUUCCAGAGACAGAUGAGGACCUAUAAGCUUGGUGGAGGAAAUUUUACAUCCAUCCUUUCAUUACUUUAUGACAAGAACCCGCAGAGGGCAGGAAAAAAACUUGAGACAAUAAUUGGCAUGUACCCAGAAAACCUGACGAGGAAUUGCUUGGACCAGAAAGAACUUGCAAACUAUAUCAUUUGCCAGAUAGCUCUGAACUGUACUCUACCUGGGUCCUUAAAGCUCAUGUCCCUUGAAAAGCUUCAAGAUCUCAGCAAGAGAUUUAUUACAAAGGGGAGAAACAUGUCAACAGCAAGUGCUCUCUUCCUUCUUUCCCUUCUGUUUUGGCCUGAGACGAGAAAUGAGCUCAAUACUGCUGAUACUCAGAUCUUUUUAUCAGCCAUCGAUGCACUUCAGAAACUCUGCUGGCAAAAAAGCCAAGAUGCUUCUCAGAGGAAAAGUAAAAUCAUGACCCACUUCUUUCUGGCAAAGGCAAAAGGUCUCAACAAGAUUGUCCACAGAACUGCCAUCGAGAAGCAGAUUAAAGGGACUCUAAGUGAAAGAAAACUGAAAUGGCUUGGAGGGGAAGUAUGGAAAACCAAGGAGGUUGUGCAGCUACUGCAACGCGUUGAAGGAUGGACAGAAAACGGAGACUUGUUUGUGAAAGGGGGAACCAGAGACAACAAGAUUAGGGUCUUUCCUCGUUAUUCUGCCUCCUUGCCUAAUGGAAAUGAAAAUGUCACCUUCUACCUUGGCUUUUCAUUUGAUGGAGUGCUUGCCUUUGACAUCCGAGUAAUGGAAUAAUGUUCCCAAUCAGCAAAUAAUCAGUCAUACACUGCAGUGGUCAUUGUAUAAUCCUGAGCUACAAAAGCUGAGGCAGACCUUUGUUUCAUAUAACACAUAAAAACAAAUGAGGAGAAAUGAAAAUUCUAGAGACUUUUCAAAAAGAAAGGCCAGACUGAGGAUGAAGAUUGAAAAAAAUGGGUCCCAUAUUUAAAUGGACUAUUAGACAGCUCUUACAUGUAAAUAUGUUCUGCUAUACUGUAUAUUCAAGGAUGCUUCCAGUGACACAGCUUUCACUGGGAUAUGACUCUCAAACAGCACUACUGGUGGAUCUAGCUGGUGGUGAAACUAAGAAGCACAAUUUUUUCUCCAAUUCAGAACAAAAGAUUAAGAGCGGAACCUUGCACUGAUGUAAUGGAAGUAUGUUUAGUAUUAAUGUUUUUUGUUUUUACAUAGUAUUUACACAUUACCAUGUUAGUUCAACAGUUUUAUGUAUUUGGAAUGAUCUGAUAAGUGUAACUGAAUUGCAACAGAAACAAACAGAAAGUCUGCCUCAUGUUUCUAUGUAAUAAAAACCAGACAGUUUCAGGAUGAGACUGCAAAUGUUAGAUUUUAAGAUAAUUUGAGGCAAUACAGUUGUACAGAUUAUGUGAAUAUUGAUGGAAGCCAUAUUUCAUACUAUCUCACAAGAAUUUUGUAUUUUUUUAUGAAUAAAUAUUUGAUAACA